AUGGGCUUCAUCUGGGCUGGAUCGACAAAAGGCAAAGCCCCUCCUCCACCCCCUACAGUGAAGGGCUUGGACGACCCACAGCACCCCCUGAGACAUUCGGACAUGGAUCAGAAAGAGAACCUGCUCGACCAGGACCUAACCUUAGGUGUGGUCCUGCCUGACGGGCUGGAGAAGACAGCCACUGUCCACGGCAGCAAGCCUGUGAUGGACCUGUUGAUUACGCUGUGCGCAAAGUAUCACCUGAACCCCUCCAGCCACGCCAUCGAGCUCACCUCCGCAAAUGGGGAUCGCAUCAAGUUCAUUCCCAAUGCUUUGAUCGGGGCCCUGCAGGCAGACAAAGUCCUCAUCAGACCCAAAGGAAUGGAUGACAAGAACAAGAAACCUGGACCUCGGGUACCAGAGGCCACUGUUCGCCUUGUAAUAAACUUUAAAAAGACACAGAAGACUGUUCUGAGGGUCAACCCUCGGAUACCCCUUCAGGAACUCAUGCCUGCGGUUUGUCAAAAGUGCGACUUUGACCAAAAGACCACAGUGUUAUUGAGAGAUUUCUGCUCAGAGGAGCCUCUGGACUUGACGCAAUCCCUCAAUGACUUUGGCUUGAGGGAAGUGUAUGCCAAAGACACAAAAGAUGAGAAAAGUCCAGUGGGCAAAGACAAAACUCUGAAGGAGAAAGAAAACAAAGGCUUGUUCAGCAUGUUUAAACGAAGUACGAAGAAGCCCGACCAGGUGGUGACUGGCAGCACCCCUGGCUCUCCGGUCCUGAGGGAACAGCAGACCCCUGGAGGUGUGAACUCGCCGAAUACCAACGGCCCCGUGUCGAACGCCACGCUCUCCGACAUGCCGAAGAAGAGACGGGCUCCGCCGCCCCCCAUGGCGGCGUCUCCGAGUUGCCCGUCCAACCUCCGCGAUCAUCAGAGUAACUCGGAACCCAGCUUACCUGCCCAGGAGGAAUCGGGGAUCAUUCGAGGAUCCCUAAAAAGCUCGAAGAGGAAGGCCCCCCCUCCCCCGUCGCCCCCCUCCGUAAUCACACCGGAUAAAACUGCAGGGGAUAAGAGCAUUAAAGUGGUGCCCUUGAAUAACCUGGAGGAGAUCAGAGAGCAGGAAGAGAUGCUCUCCACAGUAGGCCCUGACUCCAGCGCUGUGAGUGUCAUCCAGGAAAAUGACAAAACCCUCAACCUGUCUGCCGAUGUCUCAAUGGAUUCUGGGAAAAUGGAAUCUAUGCCGCCCCCUGUGGAUGUUGAGAUGCAGGUCCCCUCACAGGCACGGGGCACAGCGGAGGAUCAGUUGAGUGAUCUGUCCUCAGAUGGACCCAGGAGAGACACAGCCACACUGGAGGAGGAGCGUCGCUCUGGGGAGGGUCCACCUGAGGCACCAGAAGCACAGCAUGGUGCACCUGACUCAAAAAGCUCCCCUGUUUAUAUCAAAGAAUUGGAGGCCAAAACAAAGGUAUUCACCGAGGCCAGGAAGGAGUACAUCCCCAAGCCUGGUCUGACUACUUUUACUAUUGUGCCGCAGAGGUCUGUGGAGAAGGUGAGGUACUUUGAGGUGGAGGUGUAUCUUGAGACUCCAGGUGUUGCUGCAGAGGAGGAAGAGGAAGGUACAGGCUCUGCUGAACCUGACACCUGUCACCCAGAAACAGAUGGACCCCAGGUCUCUUCGCUGCAGCCAGAGGGGAUGAUCAGGGAGGAUGAUCGGCUGAUUAAUGGGGCUGAUACCGUUGGCGACGGUGACCAUGGCCAUAUGGCUUCUCCUCAACCUGCCCUUGCACCUGCUCUAUCUCCCGAUGAAGAGGGAGAAAACAGUGAACACUCAUCUCUUUCCGAUGGAGGCAUUCAGGAAGGACCAGCAGAGGAAGCCAAGGGGAAGAAGACUCCUCCCAAAAUCAAGCCUAAACCAGACAUUUUGUACUUUCUACAGCACAAAAGACCAUCUGUGGAUUAUGUAGACUCUGCCGCUCUAAAGAACUCGAGUGCCGUCUCUGACUGUGGCGAAAGUGAGGUUUCUGGGAGUCAGGAGGCCGGAGAGCAGCCACAGGUGGAGCCAGAGUCCUGCGGAACAAUCUCUCCCGAUGACGCCACCUCCAGAUUUACCUCGGAGACACCUGCGGUGGAACCAAGCCUGAACAAGCUGAACGGCUUGGCUGCCCCCAAACCGUACGUGCCUGCUGGCCCAUCCCGCUUCUCCCUGGCCGUGUCCUCGGCCGUGAGGAGAUCCCAGGACCUCACCCGACCGGCCAGCUUGCACGCUCACCACUUUGGCACACAGCCCAGCUCCGCGAAUUUGGAGAGAGGGACUCCGGAAAGAAAGGAUGACAAGGCUUUGGAGCUCGAGGGAGCGGAGCAUGCCGGCUGCGGUCCAGACAGCGGCACGCCCGCUCAGAAGUCAGGCCUGAGUGAACAAGGAGAGGAUCACAUGACGUGCAGAGACUCUGAACAGUUCUGGGAUGGAGGGACUGAUUCACCAGCAGUGCCUGAUACUUUGCUGCCAUUGUCUCUGAAUGGCUCACUGGAGAUGGAGCCAAUACAAGUGGAUUAG